AUGGCCGAUCUCGCCGCCCGCCUCACCAAGCGACUCGCAGACGCCAACAGGGACCGCAACCUGGUCUUCUCGCCGCUCUCCAUCCACGCCGCCCUGGCGCUCCUGGCCGCCGGCGCCGGUGAGGAGACCCUGAAAGAGAUCCUCCGCGUCCUAGGCGCACGGUCCCGCCGCGAGCUAGAGGACUCCGUGGAGCGUCUCUUGGACGGAUCUUUAGAUCCUGAUGGCGGCGGGCCGACCGUGGCGUUCGCGUGCGGCGUGUGGAGCGACCUGACGCGGCCGCUGAAGCCGGCCUUCCGCGACGCUGUCGUCGGCAGGUACAAGGCCGAGGCCAGCUCCGUCGACUUCCGCAACGACCCUGAGCAGGCGACGGCGCAGAUCAACGCGUGGGCCGCUGCUUCCACUAGGAACCUCAUCGACUCCGCCGUCCCUCGGGGAGCCGUACACCGGAGCACCGACCUCGUGCUGGCCAACGCCAUCUACUUCAGGGGCAAGUGGGAGGUGCCUUUCUACAAGAGCUCGACCAAGAACAGGCCCUUCUACCGGCUCGACGGCGCCGCCGUCGACGUCCCCUUCAUGACGAACCACAGAAAAUACUACCAUUACAUGGCCGUGCACGACGGGUUCAAGGUGUUCAAGCUACCCUACGAGAGUAGUACAACGUACACCCAGCGCCACUGCAUGUGCAUCUUCCUCCCGGACGCGCGCGACGGCCUAGCGGGCCUGCUGGACAAGAUCACGUCGUCGUCCCCGGGAGGCUUCCUGCGCGAGCACCUGCCGACGCGGAGGGUCAACGUCGACCAGGUACUGGUGCCCAGGUUCGAGCUCUCGUUCAGGAGCAGCGUCACCGCCGUCCUCAAGGAACUUGGGCUCCGGCUACCUUUCAGCAAACGGGCCGACCUCUCCGAGAUGCUGGAGGACGGCUCCGUGCUCUUCGUCGCCGACCACCCGUUCGCCUACUUUAUAAUCGAGGAGGAGUCGCAUGCGAUCCUCUUCGCCGGACAUGUCGUCGACCCCAGCGAUGGUACCGGGGUGGCGAUUCCAUCAGGGGAGCGCAGCACAACAAAAGCUAACAUUGACAAGUUCAGUGACAAGGUCGAUAGCGAAUCUGGCCGCAAGCGGCGGAGGGACGAGCAGCCGCAAUCCUCGCACAGCCACAGCUCCAGCAGCAGGCAGCAUCGACGGGACGAGAGUAGACGAGUUGCCAGCAGCGAGAGCAGGAGAGAAGAGAGUACAUACUAUCGAAGUGAGCGACGGGAGAGGACGAACUACCCGCAGAGAGAACACAGUAGAUAUUAUUGA